UGUUUGGGAUACCCGGAUGUCAGCGUGUCUCAGGUCGGCCGCCGUAGACUCGUUACGUGGCAUUAGCAGCUCGUUACCCGGCUGCCUGGAGAGGUGACGCCUCUUUCAGACUGAGGCCCAGAUUCGGCAACAGCACUACCGGCCUGCGCUCGUUCUCCUCCCUGCCUGUCCCCGCCAUGUUCACCAUAUCAGAGCUCGUCGCCCUGGUCGCCUUUUUCUCUGCCACCGCCUCAGGUUAUUUUGUCAGCAUCGACGCUCACGCAGAAGAGUGCUACUACGAGCAUGUGACGUCCGGGACCAAAAUGGGCCUAAUCUUCGAGGUGGCUGAGGGGGGCUUCCUGGAUAUUGACGUGGAGAUCACUGGCCCUGACAAUAAAAACAUUUAUAAAGGUGACCGAGAAUCGAGCGGCAAGUACACAUUUGCUGCACACAUGGAUGGAACAUACAAAUUUUGCUUCAGCAACAGAAUGUCAACAAUGACUCCGAAGAUAGUGAUGUUCACUAUAGAUAUAGGUGAAGCUCCGAAGGGCCAGGACAUGGAAACAGAAGGUGGUGGAGAUACAUGGGACGCCCAUCAGAACAAGCUGGAAGAGAUGAUCAAUGAACUUGCAGUGGCCAUGACAGCUGUAAAGCAUGAGCAAGAAUACAUGGAAGUGCGGGAAAGAAUACACAGAGCAAUCAAUGACAACACGAACAGCAGAGUGGUGCUCUGGUCAUUUUUUGAAGCCCUUGUGCUGGUAGCUAUGACACUGGGACAGAUCUAUUACCUGAAGAGAUUUUUUGAAGUUCGGCGAGUGGUUUAAGCAGCUAUUUUGUGGGGGAUUUUUUUUGUCCUAACUCAUCCCAAAUGUUUUAUUUUUGAUCCCAAACUUUGUCCUAAAUGAUAAUCCCAAACUUUGUUUUAUUUUUGUUUUCCCUUCCUGUCAUCUUGGUAAGAACAACUUCUGAAUUUAGUUUUGCUAUGUUUGCUUUGGAAAUGCUAAUUGUAGCACAAAUAAGACACCAUGCUGCAUAUGUUACCUUCAGGAAAAGUCCCCAAGAAAUCAAAAGUGAAUUGACAUUUUUGGAAAGAUCCCAGAGCACUCGGUUAUUGUGGUACCGUCCGGAUCGGAAGUACUUCUAGUUACAUUUGUCUUUCUUAACACUUUACUUUUGCAAUGAUGUUGUCUUGUUUUUAUGAAGACUGUGAACCAAAGAGGUUCAUUAUUAAGAUGGCUGUGCAUAAGCCACACAGAAUUAACCUGCAAUAGCUGUAUCCAGCAAAUGAAAUCCUCUUUGAUCCUUCUAAAAAUAUUGCCUCCUCUGUUGUGCAUUGUCUUGUCUUUUCUAAUAAUUUAUUACCUAGUUCUGCCUACAGGAAAGUCUUCUGCUUCGUUGG